CAGGUCUUCUUCCCCUUCAGCAUCCAGCUCUACCCCCGCGAGUUCCCCGGUCACGACCCCCGCGACUGUCCCCGCGACGUGGGCAAGGCGGCGGCCCUGCGCCUGGGCUGCAUCAACGCCGAGUACCCCGACUCCUUCGGGCACUACCGCGAAGCUCGCUUCUCCCAGACCAAGCAUCACUGGUGGUGGAAGCUGCAUUUCGUCUGGGAGCGGGUGCGGGCGUUGCGGGAGCACACCGGGCCGGUCCUCUUCCUGGAGGAGGACCACUACUUGGCCCCCGACUUCUACCACGUCCUCAAAAAGCUCUGGGCCCUGCACGAGCGGGAGUGCCCCGAGUGUCAGAUCAUCUCCCUGGGCACCUACGGCUUCGCCGGCCGCGCCGACAAGGUGGAGAUGAAGACGUGGAAGUCCACCGAGCACAAUAUGGGCAUGGCCUUCGGCAGAGACACCUACCAGAAGCUCAUCGAGUGCACAGAUGCCUUCUGCACCUACGAUGACUACAACUGGGACUGGACUCUGCAGCACUUGACUGUCUCUUGUCUUCCAAAGUUCUGGAAAGUGCUGGUUCCCGAAAUCCCCAGGAUUUUUCACACGGGGGACUGUGGCAUGCACCACAAGAAAUCCUGCAGACCGUCCACGCAGAGUGCCAAAAUCGACUCUCUCUUGAACAGCAACCAACAGUACCUGUUUCCCGAAACGAUGAGUGUCAGUAAGAGGUACUCCAUGGCACCCCUUUCCCCUCAUGUGAAAAACGGAGGGUGGGGAGAUAUUAGGGACCACGAACUCUGUAAAAGUUACCGCAGACUUCAGUGAGGAUCGCUCUCGCCGCCUUUUUCUUUUUGAGUUGUUCCAUACUGUCUUUUACAGGCACACACGUGUAUAAAAAGCAUUUAUGAGUUGGUUUCUGCUUUAAUAUGAAUAAACAUUCUUGUAAAAGGUGUCCCAAAA